CAUUGUUUGCAUAUGUGUGACAACUGAAAGGACAAGCUGAGUGAAGGAUCUGUUCCAGAUACCUUCAGUCAGUCCGCCAGACACCAUCGGAGAGCAGCAGAGUUCCAGGAACCUGUGUGACAAUGACAUUCCAGGGACUCAUAGCAGUGUGGGCUCUCUGUCUGGUUUGUGUGAGCGGCUGGGAAGCUCCGUGGUUCUGUCAUGGAAAUGACUGCCCUGAGUUCAAAGUUGUUCAAACCAAUGAGGACUUUGAAGAACGCUUCUACAGCGCUUCUCAUUGGAUCACCAUAGACGUCAGCACCCCUAACAAAGAGGAAGUUAAAAAAGCCCUUUGGACCCUUUAUUAUUACAGCAAAGGAGAAAAUGAAGAAAAGGCCAAUGUAGCACUGCCAUGGCCCAGGAUUAUCAUGGUGGAGGGGGAUGGCAAUGAGAAACAUGGGUCUGUGUCUUGGCCAGUUCCUCCAGGGACCCAUCUGCCCAAACCUAACGAUGCCACCAUCAAAGAGAUGGACAUACCUGCUGGCACAGUUUAUGUCAGGAGCUUUGGAGGGAUGGCAUCCGAGGCUGAUGCUUAUGAUAAUGUAGAUCAGCUGAAGGCAUCUCUUGAGGCGGCAGGGAAGAGUUUCAACCCAGAUAGGUUUGUGGCAGCUGGCUAUGACCCCGUCCUGCGACUGAUCAGCAGACACAAUGAGGUCUGGCUCUUUGCUGAUUAAGAGACGUUGCACUAUAAAUUCAAAUGCGGAUAAUGCAGUUUCCUCAUCAAACUAUUAUCCCCCGACUAUAAUGUCAUGAAGCAUUUACUUGGAGAUUAUUGAGCACUUGUGUGUGAAUAAGUUUGUGAGUAAAUAAAACAAUUGUAGCAGGCCUAAAAUGUUAGGUAAGGAGAAGUAAAGUAAGGUUAAUCUACCUGUUUGUGGUAUGUGAAUGCUAAAUACAGCACUAUCAUUCCACGCAAUAGGUCAUCUAAAAUGGCCACUCUAGUUGAAGUCAUGGUUUCUUUAUAUCAGUAUUGGCAGUCUCAUGUUGACUGACUAUGAUUUUCAUAAUGGAUAAUAAAUCCUUUCAAUCCUUGAAAUUAUGUCUAUCUUGAAUUUCCCCUUGGGGAUCAAUAAAGUAUCUAUCUAUCUAUCUAUC